AUGCCUCACCAACAUCUACACACCAAAUCAAUGCCGGGAAAAAGGCAAAUGGGAGAAAAGCAACAUGAAGGAAGGAACUGGUCAUUUGGUUAUGGAGGCCAUGGAGGUUAUGGGAAUCAGAAUCCGAGGUUAAAUCCACGAGGCGGGGCAUCCCCAGCAGAUGGAGAUUCGCAGGGAGACAAUGGAGGACAAGGCGGUGGCAACAAUGGGGGAGACACUGGAACGACGGCCAACCCAGCACCGACUGCUGCCAAUAGUCCCGGCACGACACAACGACAGACGAACAAUCCGACACAAACAGCAGCGCAGGGACAGCCAACGAAUACCCAAGGGGGCAACGGGGGAGCAAUGACAUUGCCGACUCUACUACCUAAUGAAGGGCCACCAGUUCACACAGGCCUUCAUACGAGUAUAUUGGAUUCACCUGCUUCCGUUACAAUUGUCUUCGAGGACCCUAAUAGAACCGGACAGACCACGUUUGCAACCCAGUACAAUGGUGGCGGUGACACAUUGGUAAUCGACACGCAAGCCCUCACUUUCUCAUCUGGACCUCAGGCAACAUCAGGGGUUGCAGGUUCCAGCAAUUUGGGCUCAGGCUCAAAUAACCAGAGUGGAGGCUCAAACGGAGCGGCAAAUACUCAAGCUUCAAAUGGUGGGCUUGGAGGCGGUGCUAUAGCCGGUAUCAUCGUCGGCGUCGUCCUCCUCCUUGUUAUCUCCAUCGUCAUCCUCUUCUUUCGAAAACGCAGGAGCUCCCGCCGCGACAACUCUCCAUACGGAAAACACAAUCAAGAAGACACCAGGAGCUCUCUUUUGGAUACCAGACUAGCUGCCAGUGCCGCCGCCGGUGCCGCCGCUGUAGGAGCCAGAUCUGGACAUGGAUCUACAGACUCUACUUCCACGCGCAACACUCCUCCUCAAUUCCAACAAGGCCAACAACCGCUGAUGCACCAAAGACACAAUUCCGAGCGCCUUCUCCCGACAGGAUCAUCUCACACUGCUCCUCGCCCUGCCCCUCCUCCUCCACCUCCCCCGCAGUCUAGGGGCACAACCCAUUCCGCCAACCCCAGCCGCAGCCGCCUAUCAGUAUCAAUAAUCUCCGGCCCUCCUCCGCCCACGCACAUCAGCUCAGCAUUCACCCCUCCCACCGCCGUCUCGCCCGUCUCACCAGCGGUAUUAGGACCUCCAACUCCUCCAUCACCGGAUGACGGAGGCAGAGACGGUGGUCUUGGUGGUCGUCGUUCCAGCAUCGGAAGUGUCAGCACCCUCAGCAUCCACAGCGCCAUGAUGACGGCCUCAAAGCUGAACUGGCCGAUGCCGCCUAGCGUGGCGAGCACGAGUAGUCCUAGUGUGCCGCUGACUGCGACGCCGAGUGCUGGUAGUAGGGCGCCACCGGUGCCGAGUCCGCAUUAUGUGGAUUUUGAGGAGCAAGGGAGGACGGUGGUGAGGAUUAAUAGGGAGAGUUUGGGUGGGGGUGGGAUUCGGAGUGCAAGGUAA